GCAGGUGAUAUUUAUUAUGAAUCGAAUAUUUUUGAGUCUGCUGCAGAUUGUUACUUCAAAUGCGAGAAAUGGGAGAAGGCUGGUGAAUGUUAUAAAAAGGCAAACAAAUAUACAGAAGCAAUUAUUGCUUAUAAAAAUGGUGAAUAUUAUGAAAUUGUAGUUGACUUGAUGCAAAGGGAAAAAAUUAAUGUUAAGAUAUUUCGCCGUAUUUGUCGUUUUGUCAACAUCCACUAUCGUCGUGAAAAUAAUAAGGAAAUGUGCGAAAAGGCUUUUCAUCUUAUCCCAACACAGGAAGAACAAAUGGAAUUUCUAGCAGAUCAUGCCCCAGAAGAACUCUUGGAAUUCUAUGUGGAAAAAAAAAAGUUUCAUGAUGCCGGUGAAUUCUUACAUUCGCGCGGAAAUUUUGAAGAAGCUGCCAAUAUGUUCAGUCUCUCUGCUAAUAACAGGGACAUUAUUAAGUCAUUAAAUUGCAUUUUAUAUCCAUGCAGAAUGAGAAUUCUUAAAAAUAUGAAAUGUAUGAACUUGGAUACUUCAGGAGAACUAUGCAGAUUCCUUCGCAAAGCAAGUGAAAUAGUAAACGCAAAAUCAUCCAAGAUGUUAAAAGAAUCUAAGGAAUUUAAGAAGGAAUUUAGGAUCCUUAUAGAAGAAAUCAAAUUAUAUUCAGCAUAUUUAGAUAAUGACCUCGAUAGAAUCUAUAAGUGUGUACAAUUUUUUCAAAAAUAUGAAGCGCCAGUUGCCGAGUUUCGCGCAGUGAACAUAUGGCUUCAGAUACCGAAUUCGAAAAUUCAAGUCGAUUACUGGCGCGAACGAUUACAAUAUCUUUUAAGACUAUGCGAAUUGGCUUUUCCUUUUAUAGCACCACGUAAAAAUGUCAUCAACAUUGAGAAAAUCCAUAAUGAUUUCGAGGUCUUUUUCCUUAUAAGCGAGGUAGAUAAUCGCCCAUCGAAACGGAAAAUUCCCACUGAUAGUCCCCUUCUUGAUCUCAUUAAUGAAGUGCAUCACAAAAAUAGUGAAGGAAAUACAGCAGAAGUAAUAGACGAUCAUGUUUACAAUGUGAACGAAGUUCAUCUAGUAAUAUCAAAAUUCCUUGUCUUCUAUAUUUUUGAGCUUCUUCAAAAUGCAGAUCAUACGGGAUGUACGAUUCCGGACAUAGAUUCUAGAAUUUGUUAUGAAUUUGCUUCCUCGGGUAAAUGCUUUGCAUUAGAUAGAUAUCACAAAAGCAAAACCCAUCACAUUAAGCCAACACCAACAAUUUUGUACAAUCAUCUGCAACUUAUAUCUCUUCAAUACGCCGUGAUGGGAAAGAUGCUCGUAUUGUAUCGUUGUCGUAUAUUUAAAGGUAACCAAAGAUGCUAUAUACUUAAAGAUAACCAAAGUAUAAUUGUCCUUGGUCGACACAGAUAUUGGGCUGAAAAGUUAGUUGAGCAUCUUUUCCGUUAUCAGUCUCCACAGACAAGUUGUGCUGAGAUCUCUUAUAUAGUGAUCCGCAAUCAUCUUAAUGACAUGCGUAAUGAUUUAUUUAACCUAGUUCAUAAAGUAUGGCUUAAAGAUGGAUUCAAGAAUGGCAAGGACUUUGGGGUCAUGCUAAAAUGCAUGUUCGUAUUACAACAGUUACGACAUAAAUGGGGUUUCAAUAAAUUCAGAUGGGUAGUGAAUAAACGUUAUUUUGAGGUGAAAAAGCCCCCAUUAAUUGGCUUUGAAUACGAUCAAAAACGUCGUUGCUAUGUUUCAGUAGGAAAACGUCUUUAUUCGUUUUUCUACUGUCUUAAUUUCAAUAAGGUGAUAGAUGCAAUUAAUCAUGCGACAGUAUUUAUUCGCUAUGCCAUAGGCCACAUUCAUGAUGUUUGCCUAAUGGAUGCAUCAGAUUCACUUGGUGAUCUUACAUCCCUUAUUGAGUUCACGAUUUCACUGGUUUUUGUGGCUAGUCCUAAACUUUGCAAUUUUUGUCUUCCUCAAAGUUAUUUGGUCAAUUACUUUUGUGGAUUUGAUGUAAAGCCACUCCUUCCAAAUGACAAUAUCCGCAAUGAAUAUAACAUAGAGGACUAUAAAAGUGCAAUUGGAGAUUUUUUUGAUUUAUCUCAUCAGCUUCUCUGCAAGUUGGAUUUCACUAAAAAUUAUCAUUCACCGAUUAUCCUUCGGCUAUUACGAUUACUAAUCCUUAUUGGAUGUAAUACAUCCAUUUACGAAUGCACUUUCGUAUCGAAGGUUAUAAAUCUUUUUAAAAGCUUGAGUCUCAAUUUUGCCCAUUCUGAAAAGAUCAAGAGAUAUCUGAAAGAUUGUAGUAUGGGACAGCUUGUAAAAACUCUAAUUAACGAUCUUAGUGAGACAGGCUGCGAUUCCUUAGUCGUCAUCUACUACCGCGGAGAAGGCAUAUCUAGAUUUGCUGAACUAGCAAAGGAUGGAGCUAAGAUACUCAAAUAUAAUUCUAGUGAAGAAUUCAGGUCUUCCAUUUGGAAAAUCGUAUCUCCAGUAGCUAGCGAAAGAAAGGCUGCUGAAUAUGCUAUUUUUAGUUGCGAUGAUGAACAGAAUGAAAUCUCUGAAGAUAACCCGGAGUCAGCUGAAGAAAUUCAAACUUGGUUCCAAAAAAUUACCGAUUCCCCUCAUGCUGAUAAAAAUGCCAAAAUUAUACAAUAUUGGUUUCGCUCAGUACUCAUUCGAAAGCAAAAGUCCCGCAAGUAUGUUCGAGAUACAACUCUAGAUAAGGUUUACAAUGAUAUAUCUAAUUUUUGCAACAAUGUAUCACACUGGGAAGCUGCUACGAAACUAAAAGGAAAAAGGGUGGUGCGCAAGUAUAUUAUGCUCUUGAAAGAGUCUUGUAUAGACCUAGAGGAUGAUUUAAGGUUUAAACAUUAUGAUAAUGUUAAGUUUGCCCUGGAAUCGUUAUCAACGACUGAAAAUACAGUACAACAUGAAGAGGCAAACAUUGAAUGGCUUGAAAAUAAAUUACAAAAAAUGAAGGACGCUAUUAAUAAUGUUUCGGAAUGGAUAUAUGAGUGCAAGACUGUCAUAAAAUAA